AUGUCCUACGGGGGUGACAUCCCCAAGAAGUACUACGUGCGAGACCAGGUGAGGCAGCAGUACGAGCAGAGUGUGCAGGUUUCCCGGGGCUCCUCUCACCAGGUGGAGUACGAGAUCCUGUUCCCCGGCUGCGUCCUCAGGUGGCAGUUCAUGUCCGAGGGGGCAGACAUUGGCUUUGGGAUCUUCCUGAAGACCAAGAUGGGGGAGCGGCAGAAGGCUGGGGAGAUGACAGAGGUGCUGGCCAGCCAGCGCUACAACGCUCACCUGGUGCCCGAGGACGGGACCCUCACCUGCAGCAAUCCUGGCACCUAUGUCCUGCGGUUUGACAAUACUUACAGCUUCAUUCAUGCCAAGAAGGUCAAUUUCACCGUGGAGGUCCUGCUUCCAGACAAAGCCUCAGAAGAGAAGAUGAAUCAGCUAGGGGCAGUCACCCCAAAAUAACGCCUCGUUCUACGGCAGGCCUGGCUUCCUCACUCAGCCGAGUCUCCCUGUUGGGUUUUCUUGUAGCAGUCAUUUUCCCCCACAAUCCCGGAGCCCCAAAAGACUGGGCUGGAGGGAUGACUUCAGGCUGGAUCUGGGAGCUUUCAUUCCAAAAUUAGGCAGAGGGUGAGAAGCUGAAGGGGGUCUCCUUGCCUUUCGAAUUACUAAGGAGUCCCUAGAAGCUGGCCAUCAUGAUAGGAUCUACCUGUCCUGUAAGCCUGGCUCAGGGGACCUGUCCAGGGAUGGCUGAGACAGGGAAGAGGGAUGCCACACGGGGACAGACUAGGACCUCACAUUUUAGGGAAGCCAGCUGUAGGGAAGGAACUUGCUCUCAAAUGACCACGGAAGGUUAGCGCUUACGAUGACGGGUAGCAAGGUAGCUGGUUGCUAGAGUUAGGGUGGCAAUCAACGAUUUCUUUCAAACUUUUUAAUCCCUAAGGCCGGGUUAUCUCUAAGGCUUUUCUGCAGUGUCAGGAGAGGCCCAAAAUCAGCUCAGAGCAUCCCACUCGAAGGCAGACAGGUCUCUGUCUCCCUUUGAGAGCUUAGCAAC